UUGUCCCCCAUUCCAGCACGCAACCUCAAUUGGUACAAGCGCGGUCUUUUCAUUAUGAUGUUUUCGAAAGCGAAGCGUUUGUUUCAAAUUUUGCUGUGUCUUUAUUUCACUUUCCUUGUCAACGCUUCGACUGAAGCAACAACUCUGAGUACAGAUACCACCAUGACAACUGCAAAGGGGAACUUGAAAGUUUCCAUAAAAAUAUAUUCUGGUCUUCCUGAUCCAGAGUGGCAAGUUGUUCCUUCAGAUCCUAACUACAACAAAAUUGAAGAGCUUCUUAACACUGCAAGAGCUGGAGGGUUUGUUCUGAAUCCCUUUAAGGACAUGCCAGCACGACUUGGCUUCAAAGGAUUCACAAUACAGGACACAACCAAGGGGAUCAAAGAUCUGGAAUAUAUUUUUGGUCUGCACACAGCAAUGCUUCAACAGUUGUUACUUAAAAGUAUGCCAAGUGAAUUGCUCCCUGGUAAGAUAAGAGAGGAUCUCUCCGAGAAGAUUAGGAAAGAAGCUUUGAGUGUAGGUGUAGAUCAACAAGAAGGAACAUCAAGUGACUCACCAACAGCAACAUGCAAGGAGUCUGGAAACUUGAAAAUCACCUUGUUAGUUUUUUCUGGUCGUCCUGAUCCACAGUGGGAGGUACUUCCAACAGACCCAAACCAUGACAGAAUCAAACAGUUGCUUGACUCUGCGAGAGAUCAAGGCUUUAUAUACCCUAUCAGAAAAAUGCAAUCCCGACUUGGCUUCAAAGGAUUUCUAAUACAGAACACAGCCAAAAAGAACAAAGACCCAGAAUUGAUUGUAGGACCAGACACAGUACAAUUACAGCAGAUACUACUUCAAAGCCUGCCUGAAGGGACUUUCUCUGAAGACUUUCGCAAGAAAAUUUCAGAAGAGAUUAAGCUUACUCCUUCUCCUUAAGUGUAUGCUCAACUGUUCUUGCUUGUAAACCAGUUUUGAGCUUCCUUAUACAUUUGAAAUUUCUCAAUAUUCUUAACUGAAAGACUGUCUAAAACAUACUUAAUUGUACUUGUACAUGUAAAUGGUCUAUCUGACAAACUGGAAAUGAUGAAAACAAUUUAUAUGAAUAAUCAUAAAUUAAUCAUUGUCAGAUGUUAUAAUGAUACAAUUUAGUUCAAAUAGUUAAAACUAGAGAAAAAAAUAACAAGAGAAAUUCUUUGAUCACAACAAUUACAAACUAAACAAAGCUAAUACAGCUUUAUUUUUAGAGUUUCACAACAAUGCACAAUGUAACAAUCUGGUCAAUAUGAUGGAAAAACUGAAUUAUAAAAUUUACCAUACUUUAUUAAAUAAUAUUUUUUCAAAAUUAUAUUAUCAAAAUUAUAUAGUCAUAUUUCUAAUCAAAAUUAUAAUAUUCAGCAGUUUCCCUUUAGGGAAAAGCAACAGUGAGACGAGCUUUCAAAAACAACUUUUAAUUUACCUCAGCAGGUGAUUUUGAAAUAAAUUGAUAAGUAACAACCUUCAUAAGGCCUACUUGGCACUUAAAAUUCAUAGAACUUUGUGUAAUUCUUUUUAUUUUUAAUUUUUUUUUCAUAUUUGCCAAUAAAUAUAUAUUGUCAAGGACAAAUUUA